AUGCCGGAGCUAGCGGAAGUCUCGCGUAUAGUCCAUUUCCUUCGUCAACAUCUUGUCGGCAAAACGCUUUCCAAGGUGUCAGUGCAAAACGAUGACAUUAUCUACGGCAAAGCCGGUACUACUGCUGCCGAGUUUCAGAAGGCAAUGGAGGGGAAGAAAGUUACUGGUGCCGGACAGCAGGGCAAGUACUUCUGGAUUGCUAUGUCAUCACCACCCCAUGCGGUUAUGCAUUUCGGUAUGGCGGGCUGGCUGAAAAUCCGGGAUGCCGACACCUAUUACUACCGGACAGACAAACCUGGAGAUAAGGAGUGGCCGCCAAAAUACUGGAAAUUCUUGCUCGAAACCGAGGGAGAUCCAAAGACAGAAGCUGCUUUUGUUGACUUUCGCCGACUGGGCAGAAUACGCCUGGUAGACUGUCCCGCGGAGGAAAUCCGUAACUACAGCCCUCUGAAAGAGAAUGGCCCAGAUCCUGUCGCCGAUAAAGACAUUGUGUCGGAGGAGUGGCUGGCAAAGAAGCUCCGAAGCAAGAAGGUACCUGUGAAGGCGCUGCUCCUUGAUCAAGCGAAUAUCAGCGGAAUAGGCAACUGGAUGGGCGAUGAGAUCCUCUACCAAGCUAAAAUACACCCUGAGCAAUACAGCAACACUUUGGAUGACGACCAGAUUAGAGAGCUGCACUCAGCGAUACAUUAUAUCUGUUCCACCUCCGUAGAGCUUCUAGCAGAUUCGGAGAAAUUUCCAGCUGACUGGCUGUUCAAACAUCGGUGGAGUAAAGGCAAGAAGAACACGCCAUCAGUGCUGCCAAACGGAGAAAAGAUUACCUUUCUCACGGUAGGGGGCAGGACCAGCGCAGUGGUUCCGAGUGUGCAGAAAAAAACUGGGCCAGUAGCCAAGGACGUCAGCAGUGAAGACGCCAGCAAUGCGCCGGCAAACUCGAAGCGAAAGCGGGCUUCAGUGAAAAAGGAGGAGAGCGAGCCGGAAGCUAGCGAAGAGGAUACGAAGCCCAAGAAGACCGGGCCCAAAAGGCAAAGCAGAACUUCUGUCAAGAAGGAAGACAUCGAUGAGACAGAGACUAAGCCGAUAGAAGAACAGCAAACUACCAGGAGACGCUCGGACCGACUUCGAAAGUAG